AUUGCAUCUGUGUGUCUUGACAACAGUCAGUGUUUUACCUGAGUGAAACAGGUGUUUCUGUUAUUAUUGUACACGUAUUGAUAAAAUAAAAUAAAUAAAACGAAUCUGUAGCUAUAAAAACUCAUGGGAAGUUAUUGCAAUUCAAUAAAGUUAUAAAGAAUGUUAAAAUCUGUAUUAAAUCUAAUUAACUAAGGUGUGAAGUGUGACAAAACAGAAAACUUUCUCAGCUUAUCAAUUUCGCGGUUCUGGACUGUGGCAAACUAUUUAAAAUGAGUUGAAUAAACUUUCAUGCUGUCGUUGUGAGGUGUUUGUGGUUCCUGCAUUGUGUUAAACUAAAAAAAUGACCACAGACAGGUUUCAUAAAGCGGCCAAGGAUGGUCUGCUAGAAGUGCUCCGGGAGGCAACUCGUAAGGAAUGCAACAACAAGGACGAGUCGGGCAUGACGCCCACACUGUGGGCCGCCUUCGAGGGGCACAUCGAGGCACUGCGACUACUCUGCGGGAGAGGUGGCGAGCCAGACAAAGCCGACUACUUCGGUAACACAGCACUCCACUUGUCAGCGGCCCGAGGACACAAGGAAUGCGUCACUUUCCUCGUCAACUUUGGAGCCAAUGUCUUCGCUAUGGAUGUCGAUGGGCACACAGCUCAGGAGCUGGCUGCUAUCAACGGGAGGGACGAUAUCCUGAGAUAUUUGGACCAGACGACGGCUAAACUGGAGAAUAAUGACAAGAAAAAAGCGAAAUCUUUAAAAGAAAAAGCUAAGAAAGAAUAUGAGAAGUCUCAUAAGCAGUACCAGAAGCGGCAGAGUAAGGCCGAAAUCAUGGCGGAGAAGGAACUGAAGAAACUGGCUAAAGAGUGGGACCAAGGCUACGCGGAGGAGGUGCACACGAUGCCGCAUCGUCCCAGUAACGUGCUGUGGGCCCUGAAGCAGAAGAUGACCAGAUCUACUAGCCAUGGCAAUCUAUUAGCAGACGAACAACCUCGUCCGACCUACAGUGCGUUAGUCGGUACUGUGAACUCAGGAGUGCGGGGUCGAGGUGCUGUGUACAAGAAGGCACUGGCCAGCAAGCUGAGGAACAAUACUGUAGGCAGGAGUGGAACCAGUGAUGAUUUUAAGGUAGGAGAGAUAGAGACGACAGGCCGUCGUUCGGUUACAUCUCUGAGUGGAGUGCGGCGUGACUCUGAAGUCAUGUACGUGGGCACGUUUGGCGCGGGCCCGCAGCAGCGGCAGAAUGUUACCGAUGUCUUCUCUGAACAACCCCCAGAGCCGGCGCAGAAGAAAGCUACGCUUACAAGGUCGGCCAGUCAACCUGACUUCACAGCUGUAAACGAAGACAGCGGGAUUGGUCAGGAGGUCAUGCUGCAGGAGCCAGCCAGUAUCUUCGAAAGGCCCGGGUUCGGUAGUGUAGCAUUCAGACGCUCAAUAACAGCCACCCUGAGUGCGCUGGGCGGCGCGGCGCCGGGUGAGGACCUGUCCAUCGGGUCUGCGGGCUCGCUGGCCGCGCGCCACGCGUACCAGCCUGCUGAGUGGACGUCUGCACAGUCAGAGAGCUCUACAAUAACAUCAGAUGAAGAAGGAGAGGGGGAAGAAUCAGGAUACGCCUCUUUAGAGCGAUUCCUCACAGCGUGGGGCCUGUCCCAGUACGUCCAGAAGUUUAAGGACGAACAAAUAGACCUUGAUGCCCUCAUGCUGCUCACCGAAAGUGACAUGAAGUCUCUAGGACUACCCCUGGGACCUUAUAGGAAACUUGUCACCGCUGUACAGGAAAGGAAACAAGCGCUAUCACACCCAGGACCUAUGAUUGAUACAGCCAUAUAAGGAGAGUUCAUUGCAGCCAUUACCUGCCACAGCAUACUGUUUACCAAGUUCAGUUCAAAUUUACAGGCAAACUGUUCGAAUUUAGCCUGUAAAAAUUCACAGUCUACAAAACACACUCCAUUUUCCCUGUACAGUUGAAACUGUGGCUAGCUUAACACAAUUAUUUAGUGAUCUAUAGAAAAAAUAGAUUUGUUUAUUAAUUAUACAAAAUGUGCUCAAUAGUUUUUACUGUCAGUUUAGAAAAAAUCAUGUAAUUUUGUAGAAGUUUUUAUAAUACAACCAAAUUCGGCCAAUCUGUCAUAAUUCGCCUUUUUAGUGGAAUAAGACAGUGAGUAUUAAACCAUUCAAAUGUUCGAUUCUUGAUUGGUGGUGCAAGAAAUAGACAUUUCUCAAAAACACUUUUAACUUAUCAUGAAACAUGAAAUUGUUAAAUAUUUAUCAUGAAACUUGUAAUUAUUAAAUAUCUGAUGAGUCCUAAAUUAUAACAAGACAAGGCAUAAAGGAAGAACUUACUCUGAAAUUUACCUAAAUCAACAUCGGGACUUUGUAUUUCAAAGCUACAACAAAAAAUUAACAUUAGAUUAAAAAAAAAGGGUUAGAGCUAAAUCUAAUCUAUUGCUGACCGUACCCUUGUGUGAUUUCAAUUUUUUCUUAUUGUAGUGUGUUUACUGUUAAGUUUCAGUGUUUAUAAAAUAAUUCCAAUUGUCUGUAAGAUAGGUAUUCGUAUUUAGUAUGGAUUUUUUACUAUACAACUCCUUAGACAAGUGACGUUUAAGAAAAUCGGUAUAUCGGUUAAUUUGUCUAAGGGAGCUAUACAAUAUUGUUUCAUAUAAUAUAUUGUGCCUCAUAAUUGUGAUAAUGUUCGAAAUCAUUCCAUCCAAUGUAACGUCCUAUCGCCAUAUUAAAUAUUUUUGUACAGGUUUUUGAAUAUACAAUUUGUAAUAAUAAUA